AUGAACUACUUGCAGAGAAACUGCAUUCAAUUACGGGAGCAAUCAGCCGGCGAUGAAGAUCUUCGAGGAGAAGCUGGAGCAUUAGUUAAGCCUGCUACAUUGGCAGUCACAACAGGAUUGUCUGCUCCUUUCAACAAUCUUGCUGUAAUCUAUAAACAACAGGGAAAUUAUGCAGAUGCUAUAUCUUGCUACAAUGAGGUUCUUCGUAUUGAUCCCUUGGCAGCUGAUGGACUUGUAAACAGGGGCAACACUUACAAGGAGAUUGGUAGAGUGAGUGAAGCAAUUCAGGAUUACAUUCGUGCUAUUACUAUUCGGCCAAAUAUGGCUCAAGCUCAUGCAAAUUUGGCUUCAGCUUAUAAAGACAGGAUAUUGCUUUUCCAGCUGCGUAAACAUUAA